UAGAAAUGGUUAAAUAUCUUGUUGACAAGGGCGCUGAUAUAAAUGGCAAGAAGACUAACGGGUGGACAGUGCUGCACUCUGCUGUUACUGAAGUUUUGCUAGAAAUGGUAAAAUAUCUUGUUGACAAGGGCGCUGAUGUAAAUGGAAAGAUGACUAACGGGUGGACAGUGCUACAGUCUGCUGUUACUGAAAGUACGCUAGAAAUAGUAAAAUAUCUUGUUGACAAGGGUGCUGAUGUAAAUGGAAAUAUGACUAACGGGUGGUCAGUGUUGCACUCCGCUGUUGCUGAAGUUGAAAAGAGUGCUGACGUGACUCUUAAAAGUAAAAUCAGCGUUGAUACUCUUGACAUUCUCAUACUGAAGAUGGCUGUUGAGAAAAAUUCAGUUGCUUUGGUCAAACUUCUGUUGGAAAAGAACAUCACUGUGUGGAGAGCUGGAACAUUUCUGGUUAAAGGAAAGCAGAUGAGUCUUCUUGAAUGGAGUAUUUACCUUCGUCAUGAUGAAAUUUCAACUAUCCUCAAAAGGUCCGUAAAUCAUCGUCAGAAGAUUCAGAUGUUGAAAACAAUGAAUUCCAAAGAGUUGGAAGAGUAUAUGACAACCCUCUUCUCACAAACUGAAACACCAAUGCAGGCUUUUAUGGCGAAGAAUCAAUUCAAAAUUGGCGAUGGUGGUUUUUCUUGUGUCUAUGUGGGUCUUAUGAAGAAUGGAAGUGAAGUUGCGGUAAAGAGAAUUUUGGUACAAAGUGAGGACAAAACAGUUGAAAAUGAAAAGGAAAUCAUGGAUCUCAUUGAUGCAAACAAGUCUCCAUUUAUAGUGCGCUAUCGGCAUUUUCAUCAUGGCGAUGACUUCAUGUAUCUUUUUGUUGAUCUUUGCGAAGAAAACUUGAGGGAACUUGUUGAUGCAUGCAGUAUUGAACAUCUACAACUUCAUGGUCCACAAAUGAUUAGGGAAAUUCUAUCCGGACUUGAAUUUCUUCAUGGUAAAGGAAUAUUGCACAGAGAUCUAAAACCAUCAAACGUCCUGGUUGAUAUUGAAGGCCGCAUGAAACUGGCUGACUUUGGAAUAAGCCGGGUUCUAAAUGAAGAUCAAACGACAGUUAAAACAUUCGCUAAAGGUACAUCUGGAUGGAUGCCACCGGAAGUUAUUAAGGCAAUAGACAAAGGCGAAAAAGGUUCUUUCAAAAAGAAAUCAGAUGUCCAGGUCGCGGGUAUGAUUGCUUUCUUCAUCUUAACUAAAGGUGAACAUCCCUUUGGAUCAAAGAUAAAUAGAAUGCAAAAUAUUUUAGAAGGAAACUCUGUCAAUUUGAAGAAACUUGACGAUAGUCGAGCUCAAAGGUUUGUGUCGUGGUUAAUUAGCCACAAGAUUGAUGACAGACCUUAUGCACACGAAGCGCUGGGGGAUUUUUUCUUCGAACUAAUGCAAUUGAAAUACAGAAUAUAUCUACAGAGAUGAAGGAAACACUGUGAGGAUUUAUCGCAAUAUCCUUACAUUAUGAGCGACGAGUUACGUGGUGAAAAGAAUUUUAUAAGCUCGAGCAUUUUCCACACCUCAAUACAAAUAAGCAUUUAUAAGAGUUCGGAGCACCAUUUUUCAUGGUAAAUGAAUAUCGCACAGAUAUCCAUCAAACUUCUUCGUUGGUAUCGAAGGUAUAUCCUCAAAAUCAAUAUAAAACACUAGCAACAACUUGUAAAAAUAUUUCAAGCUUUAAGAUAAUGUUAU